UGUAAAUAUACCGAGCAACACAACUCCACCUGAAUCAGUAUUGAAGUGGAGCUUAGCUCUGCGUAAGAAGACACUCUGCUCUUGCAGUACUAAAGCUCAAAACAGUUCAGUCUAAAAAUAUUGCCUCCCAACUUCAGCUACAGUGAUAGCUAAGUUUGGAAGGAAGGAAAAUAUAUUCGAACACAGCCAGGUUUGAAAACACAUUUCAAGGUUUGCACAGCACUAAAAAAAAUAAAUAAAUAAAAAAAGGCAUUCACGGAAUUCCAUCCACAACAAGAGCAAGAAGAAUAGUAAAUAUGACACUUCAAGCAGAAAGGAAGAAAAGGUGUUGUGAUUCUCUCUCCGACUAUUUCACGUCAGCAAAGUUCUUCAUUUACCUUGGCCACGCUUUAUCAACAUGGGGGGACAGAAUGUGGCACUUUGCAGUGGCGGUGUUCCUGGUUGAACUCUAUGGCAACAGUCUCCUCCUGACUGCUGUCUAUGGGCUUGUGGUCGCAGGGUCAGUUCUGCUGCUGGGAGCCAUCAUAGGAGACUGGGUGGACAAGACUGCCAGGCUAAAAGUCGCUCAGACGUCACUGAUUGUCCAAAACUCAGCUGUCAUUUUGUGUGGCAUCCUCCUGAUGGUGAUUUUCCUGUGUAAAGUCCAGCUUGUUUCUCUCUUCAAUGGGUGGCUCCUUACUCUCUGCUACAUCUUGGUCAUCUCCAUUGCAAACAUUGCAAACUUGGCCAGCACUGCAACAGCCAUCACCAUUCAAAGAGAUUGGAUUGUCGUGGUGGCAGGAGAAGACAGAAGCAGGCUGGCAGACAUGAAUGCCACAGUGAGAAGAAUCGAUCAGCUGACAAACAUUCUGGCACCCCUGGCAGUGGGACAGAUCAUAACCUUCUCUUCCCCUAUGGUUGGCUGCGGGUUCAUCGCUGGCUGGAACCUGUGCUCCAUGUGCCUGGAGUACUUCCUCCUUUGGAAGGUUUAUCAGAUGACACCUGCACUCGCCAUCAAGACAGGCCAGAAGGAAGAGGAGCAAGAGUUAAAGCAGCUCAAUAUUCAGAAAGAGCUUGAAGCUGUUCAGAAACCAUCUGAAAGCUCUGAACUGAUGAGCGGAGAUGCCGAAGCAAACUCUGUGGAGAAGAAGAAUGGAUGCUGCUACAAUAUCACAGAGCCAUUCCGCACAUUACGAGAUGGAUGGGUGGCUUACUACAAUCAGCCUAUCUUCUUUGCUGGCAUGGGCCUUGCCUUCCUCUACAUGACUGUGUUGGGGUUCGAUUGCAUCACCACAGGAUUUGCAUACACCCAGGGCCUAAACGGAUCCAUUCUGAGCUUGUUGAUGGGAGCCUCCGCCAUCACCGGAAUCCUGGGAACCAUGGCCUUCACCUGGAUUCGGAAGAGAUGUGGCCUGGUCCGCACAGGGUUCAUCUCUGGGAUGGCUCAGAUCUCCUGCUUGGCGUUGUGCGUGGUCUCUGUUUUCAUGCCUGGAAGUCCUUUGGAUCUGACUGUGUCCCCUUUUGAAGAUAUCACAAGCCACUUCAUGGGAGACAGUUCCUUGCCUGAAGCUAACCCUACAACAGGGCAUUCCCUCAUUACUGGAACACCCAGCUUUAUCAACGGGUCAACAUCUGCUUAUGAUAUUGAGGAAAUGAAGCCUCAAGUUGUAUCUUACGUGUCUGUGAGCUUCCUGUUUGCUGGGGUCAUUGCUGCUAGAGUUGGCCUUUGGUCCUUCGAUUUAACUGUGACCCAGAUAAUCCAAGAAAAUGUGAUCGAGUCUGAGAGAGGAGUCAUAAACGGUGUCCAGAACUCCAUGAAUUAUCUUCUCGACCUUCUGCACUUUAUCAUGGUGAUCCUUGCACCUAACCCAGAGGCAUUCGGCCUGCUGGUGAUCAUUUCAGUCUCCUUUGUCGUCAUGGGGCACAUGAUGUAUUUCAGAUAUGCCUAUAAAACCUUAAGAAGCCGUCUCUUUCUGUGCUUCUCAUCUGACCCUAAAAAUGAGAUUGACAACCCCUCACCUCCCGAGUCUGACAAGGUGUAAGUUUUUAAAGAGACAGUAUCCCUAUUACAGCUUUAUCUAAAAUGUACACAUAUCUGCAUAUGGGGCUGAUAACAUAGCAUUGCAUGGUGAUUGCUUUUAUUGAUAGCAUGGACUAACGUAUAGUUUUAAAUUAAAAAAAUAGCACAUCUGGCAUCAGAGUAAAAAGGUAAGGUGAUCAGUUGUAGGUAUGUACAAGAUGUGUCUUACUGUUAAUAGAAUAGAGUAUUCAGAGAUGCAUUUGUACAUGUCAAGGUGUGAAUUAGGAAGCAAUAAUACAACUACGAGGGUGAAAACAGACAGGAUUGGAUGUGUGCUUUAGUACAAGUGGAGUAGUUUGACACAAGCAGCAAGAGGUGAGUUGGCCACUGAUAUGGGCACGCCAUGGGAUCAAUGUAGAGGCCAAGCCUUCUGUUUAAGGUCUGUCAAUCCUCAAGCAAGGACAGUUUCAGUCAUUCUAAUGGUUUUCCUGAACUGUUGAUCAGCUCAAUGAAUAAACACAUGGAUACAAUCCGAGAGGGGUCAUUUAGUGUUCCAGAGCUGCAGGGGGAGUUUCAUCUCCAAUUGGGUGUGGAGUUAGGAUUUCAACAAUCUGAAAAUAAAUCGCAAAAUAAAAUAUGUGAUUUUAUAUGCUUUCAUAAUUUUGACCCUGCUUUUGACUUGAAAGAGCUUUUUUGCUAACUGGGUGUAUUUAAAACAAAUAAUCAGCUACAUAUAAUGUUAUUUAGUGCUUCAGUUUGCAAAUUAGAAAAGUUGAAUAGUAUACAACAUUAUAGAAAUGUUCAAAGAUAACCUAUUUUUUAUUUUUAUAAAAGCUAAAAAAAAAACACCCUAAUUGUUUUUAUGUAUAUCUUCCAGUAUAUAUGUUUUACAUAGUGCUUACUUAAAGACUUGGGGUACAGUCUCUUUAAAUUACUUUUAAUUGUACAACUAUAUAGAUCCUAAACUAAUACCCAGUAUAAUAUUUGCUGUAUGGGCGCUAAUAUGUGAUUAACCUACUUGCUGUAUACAUUUUAAAGGCCAUCAAUAUUAUACCAAAGUGGGAUUUUAGAAGUGUUUUUUAAGGCAAGGAUUAAAGGAGUGAAGCAAAAUGAGAUUGUUUAGCAGUUUCUGUACUGAUUUUAAUAUUCUGUGUUUUGUGCUGCGUUGUUAGGCAACAGACUGUAAAAAAGAUCAACAUCCAAGCCAUGACAUAAAAGCAGUAAAGAAUAAUGUGAAAAUGUAUGAAGACAGCAAUAUAACAUUACUUAGAGCUGUAAAACGAGUUUUCUUGAUUCCAUUGCAGGUGCACUUUUAGAUUUAUUACAUUGCAGAUAUGUAGGCAUAAAGGCACUUUUAGAGAUGCAGUAUCUUCUGAUUUUAAUUUUUUUUUUCUUUUUUUGUCCCAUCAAAUGUUAGCCAUUACAAAUUUUGAAUAUUUGCUGUGCCCAAUAAUUGUUCACAUCCAACCUGCAUCUUAUUCUAAUGAAGUGUUAUGAAAGGUCAUGGUUGUACAAUAUUGUCCAUUUAGUCCCCACUUGAAAGCAGUUUUCAUACAUACUAAGUUGUACCAACAUGUAAUAAACCCAAGCUAUCUCUGAACAAAAAACAAGAAGAAUGAUUUAACUAUCUUUUUUUUUUUUUUUUUAGAACAUUAAUUCUUACAUAAACAGAUCGUUGCGUUUUAUUUUCUACCAAGUAAUGUUUGUCAGGUUCUAUAA